ACUCCCUGCCACGCGGAAUCCCACUUUUACCCUUCCCUCCCCUCCCCCGCUCCCCUUCCCUUGCCUUGCUCCCAUGGCCUCCACCUCCUCCUCGGCCCCCGCUUCCCCCUCCCACACAAACCCUAACGCUAGCACCGGCGCAGAUCCCCGAUCUGAUCCCCCCAUGCCGGACGCCAGCGGCGGCGGAGACGGCGCUUCUCCCGCUUCCCCGGAGAAGCGGGAGGAGGAGGAGGCGCCGCCGGGGAAGGCGAAGCGGGCGGCGCCGGCCGAGGAGGAGCAGCCGACCCCGCGGAAGGCGCGCCUGCCCCGCGCGUGCAACAGCAAGCCCAAGCCCCCGCCCCCGCCGCCGCCGGAGCGGCCGCGCCGGCGCGCCGCGGUGGGCGGCGGCGGUGGCGCGGACGAGACGCCGCAAUGCCGCGUCGUCACGCCGCUCGUGUCGGAGCCCGAGGCGCCCGCGGAGCUGCCGCGCUGGCGGCUCCGCUGCAUGUGGGAGCUUGGCUCCGUCCUCAACUUCCUCCACGUGUUCCGGCCUUUGCUGAACAUCACUGCGGAGUUUACGGCGGAGGAUCUCGAGGCGGCGCUCAUCACUCCCAACGAGACCCUAGACGAUGUGCACAUGCCACUGCUAAAGUCGAUUCCUCCAGUAACUCGCAUGGCUAUGGGUCGUGGAACUUGGGUGACUGUCCUAUGUAGGAAGCUAAAGGAUUGGUGGCAUUGGGUUGCAGAAGGUGAUCUGCCAAUAGUUGCUUCCCAUGGGACUGAAAUUGAAAUGUACAAAACACUAGAACCGGCGACUCGUUUAGUGAUCUUGAAAGCGAUAUGUGAUAUUCGUGUUGAGCAAGAGGAUAUUCGGAACUUCAUUGACAGUUCCCUUAAGCAUGGAUACGGCCUUUCUACCUUCCGUAAAGAACGGAUUGGGGGAGAUUCCCUUGGAAUCUCAUACUGGUACGAAGAUGAUGAAAUUCUUGGACAUAGAUUGUAUCGUGAAAUUAGACGAGUGGAACAGGUCAAGAAGGAGCCAGGAAAGAGAUCCAGGGGAAAAGGAUCUUCAACUCCUCCAGUUGUGUCCUAUCAGUGGGAAACUGUUGCGUCCAACUUUGAUGAGUUUGAUGAUGUUGCAGAAAAACUUUUCUCAAGUCGGAACAGGACAGAGGUUUCCCUUGGAAAGAAGCUGAAGAUUGAAUAUCUUCCGGAGAUAGAAAAGAUCCAUAAAAAGAAGGAGAGGUUGCUAAAAAAGCAACAGAGAGAAGCCCUCCUCCUUGAUAGCUACUUGACAUCAGAUGGACAUACCACUGGCCGCUCUCUGCGUGAUAGAAAGCCUGUAACAUAUACAUUUGAUGACUAUGAUCGCUCAAUAAAUGAAGCCAUUAAAAUAACGAAGAAAAGAGAGGAGAACUCAGCUGAGCCUGUUGCUGCUACUGCCAAUAGAAGGGUGCUUAUUUCAAGAUCAGAGGCACCUAGCAAUGGAAAGUUAAAUGGUACCUCACCGACAGCCAACGAAUCAUAUGACGGAAAUUCAUCAAAGUCGGAUGACUACCGAGAUAGUGAUGGUGAGCAAGAAAAUGAGGCACUUGAUCGCAGCAACCGGCAGAGGAAAAGAUCUCAGAGAUACACAAAAGACUUUGUUGAGGCUGUCUCGGAUAUUGAUCCAAACUUUGACAGCGACGAUGAUAUCAUGGGAGAGGCAGUGUAUGAUGAGGAAUACCUGAGAAGUCGCAAACAGCAGAAGACAUCAAGCGCUUCUGAAGAGGAUGAAGAGUUCCGGUUGGAAGAAGAUGCUGAAGAUGAUGAAGAGGAAGAGGAAUAUUCGUUGAGUACCAGUGAAGAUAUAGAGGAGCCCCAGCGGCAUAAAAAAUUAGAAACUCAUGGCCGGCGAGUCGCCAAGCUGAGAUCUGUAGAUGAAAUCCAGACAGGUCUCAGACGCAGCAAGCGUUCCUCUCGUCCACGUAUUAACUAUCAACAAUAUGAUUUUUCAGACACGGAUACAGAGCCAGGAAAGACCAGGAAAUCUGACGCAUCAGAUCCUGAUGCUGCCUCCGGUGCAGAAAACGAUAUGGAGCUCUCGACGUCUAGUCAAGAGCAAGAGGAAGAAGAGGAUGAUAGUCCUGAUGAACAAAAUGGUAGUAGUGUGAAUAAUAAAAUGGAGGAGGACCAUCCAGUGGCAGAAAAUAAAGUACAACAAGAUGAGAAGCAGCAGCAGCCACAACAGCAGCCUGUAGAGAAGAUGGAUGUUCCCAGCAAGGAAAGUGAAAGUGUAGGGAGAGCAUUCCUGGAUCUAAAUGAGCUUGCACCUGGAGCUGGCUUUGACGAUGGGCCAAGCCUGACCAUGAAAGAUGACAUGGAUAACAGUUAGGAAAUAAGUUUUGUGAUACAUUUUGAGUGUCAACGCAUUCCGACUUCCGAGCAAGGUGUAAAUGCGGGUGGACCAUUAAGAAAUGGGCCUUUGAUGAAUGAUGCGACUAUAUUUGGGUUGUUUGAGCUGAUGGCUGCUGCAUUGGUUCUACUGGAUGCAGGAUGAGCUUCUUCAAAUAUUAUCAUACUUGGAGGCCAUGAGUAAGUUUUGCAUUCGAUUAUGUACACUACAUGAACGGUGCACGUCAAUCGAUCACUGCUGUAUUAUGGCCAGACUGAUUGAUUCUGUAUUGCGGCCAGUUCUGUAGGAUAUAAAUUUAUCGCCUCCAUUUAUUGAGCUUUAGGUGCGAGAAUAGUAAUGAGAGUUCUUGCAGUAUUUUCUAUGUAUGAAAUAUUUACACCUGAGUGCCGUCUCUCGGCAUUUGUGAACUCUUUUCCACAUGUAGAUUGUAGUUUUUUAAGUCUAAACAAGAUCAGUAGUUCUGUACCUGUAUCUGACAAUCUGAUUUGUUUGGUCACCUGUGUAGCUGACAUUGAGCUGUCCUACUUAGAUGAGCCGGCAACUUUGUAAUAUUGUUUGGACUUCGGAAUUUGCUUUUCAGUCGUCCUAGAUGCAAUGGACAGUGCUGUGCAUGUAUUUAGCUGAUGUUGUAGUAGCCCUUGGAUGUAUCCAUUUCAUUGAGUGGCUGGC